AUGUCGCUGGUGUCCGACCAAGUCCGCCGUCUGGAUGCCUAUCUGGACCGGUUGCCGGUAAUAUCAGAAGCCGCAUCAGACGAUGGUCGUUCUGAUGUACAAGAGCGUGCAUUUGUCACUGCUGAUGCUUUCGCCUCUCCACGACUGGAUGAGUUGCUUCGGAUUGUCCAGUCCCUCAGUGCAACUUCCGCCUCCGAUUCUGUGCUUCCGCUGCAUCGUGUCAAGGCACUCCUCGCCCAGUCCGGGUUGCCAUCUUUGCAAAAGCAUGCCAUCAGGCAGUUUGACCAAGCAGGGCAACCAGUGGCCAAGAGUGCUUAUGAGGAUGAGAUCGAAUGGCUGCUGGUGACCAAGGCCACCGUCCAUAUAUACGGCGCCAUUCUCAACUCCCUGCUCGAUCAAAUCAUUCCACUCAACGACGAUAUUUGGUAUUGGUCCGAUGUGUUGAGCUCGUACACCUACAGCAGUCUCUACACUGUCCAGACGUCGCCAGUUCGGCUGUGGGCAUGGACACUGGAAGUAUACAGCGCAAGCAGGAUGCGCUUGCAGUCCCUGUCUGUCAGAGACUCGCCCGCCGAGCUUGUCGACUCCACUGCUGCCGGCGUAUCCCAGCAAUGGCGUCAGUUUUAUGCUAUUGUGCGUGGCACUAUUCAGGAGCGCUCCUUUGCCAACAUCCAACGGAAGGUUCUUUCACCUGUGGCGUUUUGUCGGUCGGAGGCUCGUCGAAAGCAAGCCCAUCUCCGCAAGUUGCGAGAAAUCACAGCCAGCGGGCUCGGAGUGCUGAUGGACGAGGGCCUUCAGUUUGGUCAUGACGAUGACAAGGCUGAUGUGCAAGACAGUCAUGACCUCAAAGGCGUGGUUGAGCGCAGUGUUGCAUUGAUGGACAUGGUCCUGAAGGAGGUCUGUACCCUGGACGUGAAUAUCCACGACUUCGAAGAUAAAGUCUUUGCUGGCGUGGAAGAGGACCCUGAGCUGUCCAUUCACUUGGAAGAGAGUGUUACGCCGGACCGCCCAGCUGUGUUGUCCCGUCGACUCUUGCGCAUAAUAGACAAGACACUCCCGGAGCAUUUCAACAACAUGCAAAGCCUUGCUAGGGAGAAUGGCCGACCCUCACGCCUCAUCAGGUACUGGCUUCCGACGGUGGUUGGAGUGUUGUCAUCUACCACUGUUUUGCGCAUCCUGAUUUCGCGUCAAGACGAAAUUAUCAACUGGAUUACGAGCCUCGGUGGUACCAUCCGAGACUUUUGGUUCAACUGGGUUGUGCAGCCGACGACAAAAGUCAUCAAGACUAUCCGCCAUGACUCGACCAGUGAUAUUGCCAUUAUGAGCCGAGACAGUCUGAAAGCCGACCGUGAAAGUUUGGAACGGAUGGUUGUCGACUUUGCCAAGGACAAGCCGCAUUUUGCGUUUGAAGGAAAUUGCUCCAUUACGGACAUGCAACUUGCCGAGAUCCGAAACAGGGUUGCCGAAGGAGACGUGACGCCUGUGCUGAGGGCGUACGAACAAGACCUUCGCAGCCCUCUUGUCGGCGCCAUCCGUGGCGAUCUAGUCCGGUCGCUGUUGAUCCAGGUACAAAAGACCAAGGUAGAUCUGGAAGUGGCCAUGACCGGCAUUGACUCUCUUCUUAAGAGCCAAGAGCUAGUGUUUGGCUUUGUGGGCUUGACGCCAGGGGUGUUGGUGUCAAUCGGCGUGCUUCAGUACCUACGAGGAAUAUUUGGAGGACGAAGCGGCUUGCGACGAGACAAGAAGUCCGGCAAGGCUGUACGGAUCCUACGUAACAUUGACAGAAUAUUAUCGGAAGCCAGGCCGACGGAAAACAAUGUCUUGUCCUACAAGGACCACGGCUUGCUAUUAUGCGAAGUACACGUUCUCCGCAGCUACGCAAGCAAUUUGAUGCCUCGGGAUAUCGAAAAGGAAUUUCUGGAAGACCUUGACGACUUGGCCAACAUCAAGGGCAUCCAAGUGCAGACCAAGGCCUUGGAGCGGAUUCGGUGGGCCUAUGCCAGAUGGCUUAAAUGA